CGUCAGAAAUUGGCUUUUAAGCCUGUUGCAAAUUAAAACAAAGACAGUGGAUUUCAUCCAGCCUGAUUUUAUCAGUGUUUUAGGAAAUUGUUAGUCUGAUUUAUCGAGGUAAACUGGAUUCCUAAUUUAAUGCGACCACUGCAAAGCAGGAAAUAAAUAGUUUGUGCUGUCUUUUCACGGGGGCUCUGCAGCUUGCAACUUUCUUCUGAAGCUACGCAACUGUUGCGGUGCUUCUUUUGUUAUUUGCACAGGUCUGUGAGAGAGAGAGAUAGAUUCAUGUACGAUGGCUGUUUAUAAUUUUAAAGAUUUCUUUCUAGUCAGAAGAAUGUUUGAUAGUAGCUUAUUUGUCGUUUCCACAAACAAUGCGACCAACGCCAAGCCCCAUGGAUGUAAUAACGGGGCCCUCGUGGACAGAUUCGGGGUUCUUAUCCAGGGUCUGCUAGCGAUUGUUGCUUUCAGCACUUUGAUGUUAAAAAGGUUCAGAGAACCCAAAGAGGAGAGACGGCCAUGGAGAAUUUGGUUUUACGACACAUCUAAGCAGGCUAUUGGUGCCCUUUUUAUCCACUUUGCAAACGUGUUCCUGUCAAACCUUGCAGAGGAAGACCCAUGUUCACUAUACUUGAUGAACUUCCUGCUGGAUGCUACCCUGGGGAUGCUGCUGAUCUGGGCUGGAGUGAAAGCUAUCUCCUGUGUCGUGGAGUAUAAGCAGUUCACACUGCUAACCUUCGGAGAAUAUGGUGACCCUCCGCAGGCAGCCGCAUGGAUUGGACAGUGUGCUCUGUACAUGCUUAUCAUGGUCUUUGAGAAAACUGUGAUAAGUCUUGUUCUUCUUAUUCCUGGUUGGACCAAACUUCAGGAAGUUUUGUUGGAUUCCAUCCCAAAUCCACAGCUGGAGCUGGUGCUGGUGAUGCUGAUUGUGCCUUUCAUAGUCAAUGCAAUUAUGUUUUGGGUUGUGGACAGCUUGCUGAUGAGAAAAUAUAAAAACAAGACGACCCCAGAGAGUCCAGAAAGCAGUAAAUCUGUAGAGGUUUCAACAAGGCUAGUCGAUGAAGAGUCAGAGGUGCUGUUGGCUGCUGGUAAUGACACUGACUCGCUCUCUGAUGGACACGACGGAGACUUCAUACAAGAUCCCAGCAAGAUAAAGAUAAUAGACUCUUGCUGUCAGCAAGUGUAGAUGUAGUUCCUUCAGGCAAGGCAAGAGCAGCCUUUUGAAUGCUGUUUCAACACUCCAUCAUAACUAAUGUCCCUUGUCAUUGCCUGACAUUGUACUUAGUAUGAUUGGUAGUUAAGCUUAAGUACAUAUUUUGCUGUUGACUGAAGAACAUACAAUAUUAAACAUGGGUAUUCCAUGUUCUGAAAAACAACUAUGUAUGUAAAACUUAAGUCUGUAUUUUACAUAACAUUCUGUCAAUUUCUGUUAAUGUAUAUUGUGAAUUCAGUCUAGACAGGUGACUUUUUUCAGAUGCAGACCAUGAACCUUUUCUACUGUGACUUAAAGCUGAAAACUUUGCAUCACUGACCAGUUAUUUUUUUUAGGAUUUCCUUUCUGCAAUGGUCAUGUACUAUAUUUACAGGCUUAUCCAUGGUCAAUGAAGUACCUAUUCAGUUCCAUUUAAGGACCAAAACCAUAUCAAAUUCUAAAAUAACAUUAUAGUAUAUGUGCCAUUAUUGGUUUUUGUUUCAUGCCUAAAUACACUAGUAUAGUCUGGUGGUUUUAUGCAGGUUGACAGUACAAUUUUCAUUGGUGUACUCUGCCAUAGAGAUCUAGAGUUAGCUCCAAGUCUGCCAAUUGUUUAAGUAAUAACGGGUUGAAAUGGGGGGUCUUUACCUCGUGUUAACAAAUGAAAAUAAUACUGUAUGUGUUUCAGCUAAUGAAAGCCAAAGCACUGUAUAGAACACUUCUCAAAUUAUUUUGUACAUUCUUAUUCAUUUUCUAUUCAAUUACUCUAUUUUGUUGCAAUAAAAAAUAAUGAAUAUUUUUUAACCUUUUCAUAAACUGAGAACAUCUGGUUUACAUUUUGCUGAUUUUGAAAGUGUUGAGUAAAUAAACAAAGUGUAAAUGUACUUCCCUUACUGUAGCACAAUGAUUUUAGUUUUCAUCACAGACACCACCACGAACAAUCUAUUCUAAAUAGAUUGGAGCACAGCAUUAGUGUUAAUGUUGUCUAUAGUAACCACAAUCAAAUUACAUUUGUGUACACAUGUAUAUAUUUUUUAUAUUGCUGUUAUUGGAAACAUGGAAAAUACAUUUCAAACCGUUUAUUUUGAUUUAAAAAUAAAUGUAGUGUCUAAUUAUUAUUAUUUUUUAUUUUUGUUAUUCCCAAGUGCCAGUUCUGUGCCAAAAGUGCCAUUGAAACUGAUAAUAAUAAAAGUCAGCAUUGUGAAGUAA